AGAAGAGUCGAGGGAAGAGGUAGAGGAGGUCAGGAGUGUUUGUUUUCUUUUGCAGAAUAUGAAAUAGGAAGAGGCGAGUUGAAAAACGUGAAGGAGAAAAGAGGGAGCGAAAGAUAGUUUGGAGCAUGGCCAAUCAGAAAGCAGGUACACACCCCCUCAGGCACUACGCCCCUCCUUCUUCUUCCUUGGCCCCACCUCCUUUAUCUGUGCCAGAGAACAUGCAGAUAGUUGGCUGAGUCUGUGGUGGAGUGUGAGAGGCCCAGAGAGCCGCAAGAGGGGAGCUGAGAUCACUUACAGCAGUCAAGGCAAAGCAGGCAGGCAAGCAAGUGAUCUGGGAAAAAAGAGGGUAAAAGUAGUUUGGAUUGUAGAGCAGAAAUAAGGCAAGAAAGAAGAGAUUUUGUCCAUCGAGAGGACUUAGUUUGGAAGAGACAAGACAGCGGUCAGAGGGCAGUGGCAGGGGCAACAAGAGACAGGCAGACAGAAAGACAGGGAACACCUGGACCAAGCAGGGAAUUGAGUUACUUUCAGUCACAGGAAGCUUUUUCUCAGUUUUUCACUUUCUUUCCGCUUCGCUGCAGAACAAAAGCAGAGGGCUGUAGUUGUGUUUUCUGUGAUUUGAGAGGAGCAUGUUUGACUGUAUGGAGGCUCUGGGGCUGGCCCCGCGGCCCCUCUUUGAUGUGUCUGGACAAGGUUCCUGCAUGCUCGCCAAGGCCACCCCUUACUUCUCCGGCCUGGACCCCUUCGCCUGGGCCGGGACUGGCAGCAUUCAGUCGGUGGAGACCCAGAGUACCAGUUCAGAGGAGAUGGUGCCCAGCUCUCCCUCUCCUCCACCUCCUCCUCGUGUCUACAAGCCGUGCUUUGUGUGCCAGGACAAGUCGUCUGGUUAUCACUAUGGAGUGAGCUCCUGUGAGGGCUGCAAGGGUUUCUUUCGGCGCAGUAUCCAAAAGAACAUGGUGUAUACCUGCCACCGAGACAAGAACUGUCAGAUCAACAAAGUGACCCGCAACCGCUGCCAGUACUGUCGGCUGCAGAAGUGCUUUGAGGUUGGCAUGUCCAAAGAAGCGGUGCGUAAUGACAGGAACAAAAAGAAGAAGGAUGUGAAGGAGGAGGUGGUGCUGCCAGAGAACUAUGAGCUGAGUGGAGAACUGGAGGAACUGGUUAACAAAGUCAGCAAAGCUCACCAAGAGACCUUUCCAUCUCUCUGCCAACUAGGAAAAUACACCACAAAUUCAAGUGCUGAUCACAGAGUACAGCUGGACUUGGGCCUGUGGGAUAAGUUCAGUGAGCUGUCCACUAAGUGCAUUAUAAAGAUUGUGGAGUUUGCCAAGCGGCUACCAGGCUUCACUACGCUCACCAUCGCUGACCAGAUCACCCUCCUCAAAUCUGCAUGUCUGGACAUUCUGAUGCUGAGGAUAUGCACUCGCUACACCCCAGAACAGGACACGAUGACUUUCUCAGAUGGCCUGACUCUCAACAGGACCCAGAUGCAUAAUGCUGGCUUCGGCCCGCUCACGGACCUGGUGUUUGCCUUUGCUGGUCAGCUGCUGCCUUUGGAGAUGGACGACACAGAGACGGGCCUACUCAGUGCCAUCUGCCUCAUCUGCGGAGACCGUAUGGACCUGGAGGAGCCACAGAAGGUAGACAAGCUGCAGGAGCCGCUGCUAGAGGCUCUGAAGAUCUACACCCGCCGCAGACGCCCAAACAAGCCUCACAUGUUUCCCCGCAUGCUGAUGAAAGUCACAGACCUCAGAGGAAUCAGCACCAAAGGUGCAGAAAGAGCCGUCACACUGAAGACAGAGAUCCCAGGGCCCAUGCCUCCACUGAUCAGGGAGAUGCUGGAGAACCCCGAGGCCUUCGAAGACAGCAGUGACUCAGGGGACAGCGCUGCAGCUGCUCCCCCUGCCAUUCAAGCCAUAAAACAAGAGGAGAAGGCCACGGAUGAGUCAGCCGUUGAGGAGGAAGAGGAGGAGGAAGAGGAUGACUACUGGGAUGAGGAGAAAGACCGAGGGACGGACAGUGAUGGGGCACUGUGUGGGGAGGCGGCAGCGGGCGUGCAAAAGAAAGGUGUGACUGUGAAAACACAGUGAGAGAGACACAAUGAUAAUGUUUCCUCCUUCAGAUCACUGAGCCCUCGCCCAGCAAUAUCUCCUCCCAGAAACCUCCCAGAAUUAGGCUCUUAUACAACUGUGUUGCAUACAGCACAUAUUUACAUAUUCUGUACAUGUUGACUGAAAGGAAAAUGUGUUAAAUUCCGUAUAGGAAGCAAUGAGCGGGAGAAGCAAAAGCACUAAAUGUCAGUGGUUGAGGAGAGCACCAUGAAAAAUAAACUGUGCCAAAACGAGAGCGUUUCGUCCACCCAAAGAGGAACAAUAGGUGGUGGACAUAAGAAAAUGCACUCCUCCGCUAUCUAAAGGGCUAUGCUUUGUAUAAAAUUGAUGGUAAUAAUACAUUGCAACAACAGAACUCUAUGUCGUGUCCAUUUUCCGCAAAUGUCUUCUCAGAAUUCCUUUUAUUACUAUUCAGAGAUAUGCUACUUAUUUUUUUAUUGUAUGGUUUUUCUAAGCACGUACACAUUUCUGUUCUUUCUUUAUGCCUGUUUGUGGGUCUCAGUCCUUUCACUCAGUCCUGCUCACAUUUGACUGGACAUAUGUGUUGUUGUUUUUUCAGCUUGUCUUUAAUUUUAUGCAUUUCUGCUUUAUUGGACACAGUGAAAAGCAAUAGCAAAGAUAGUAAAGAGAGCAAUAGCAAAGAGAGAGAGCAGGUCAUGAGCAGGACUCAAAUUCACAAUGUGACAAGCUCAUGGUGUGAAAAUCUCUGAUGGGUUUCAAACAUCUGGAAGAGAAUAAGAGGAAGAGAACUUUAACUGUAAUUUUAGCUCUGGUGCUUGUGAUCCAAAUGAGACUCUAACAAAGAAUGCAAAACAAAUGCAGCAACAUAUCUCCACCUCCACCUGUGUGACAAAAAUACACACUUACAAUCGUUUAAAAAAAUACAUAGACUAAAGAAACAGGGUGGAUUUAAUGUCAGCACACUAUCUCAGGUUGAUUCUAUCAUUGCCACGUCUCAUCUGUCAAUACAGUAUUUUGAGAAAACUGUUUUGAGAAAACUGUUACGCCCCCAUCUUCAACAAAAAUUCUUCUUACACUAAGGAGUAAGGAUUAUUAAACAUUUAAGUUGUAAAUGCCCUUCAGACAGCAACCAGGUACAGGUAAGCCAUAAUAUUUUCAUUUUGUAAGCGUGAGCAAAGAAUCAUCCAAACAGACAUGACCCUUAAAAGCAGUUUACUUUACAGAAAACCUCAGGUGUGUGUGUGUGUGUGUGUGUGUGUGUGUGUGUGUGUGUGCGUGUGGGUGCAUGAGUGUCUAACUGAGAGCAUUUACCAAUACACAGAGUGAUGUUGUCAUUACUGCCAUAAUCCGCAGUAAGAAUUUAUGCAGAAGUCCAGUUAUUAGUUCUCUUACAAAACGCACAUGAAAUAGGUUUUGUAGCAAAAACCUCAAUGUUAUUUUAAAAUUUUCAUCUAGAAGACAUCACUCACCCAAAGACCUCUGGCAAUCAGUGGGACAUUGAUGCCGAUGCAAGCUGACCAAGAAUCACAUGAUCAGUUGUAACUGAGGUUGGAACCGUCCAAGAGAAUUGACAACAAAAUAUAAGCUUUACAUCGGGUGACGUGUCUGCUGAAGCAGGGGACGAUAGCUUCAAAUGAUGUGUGUUCAUGUGUGCUGUACCUAAUGAGUGAUGCAAAACAUGAAUUUUGUAAAAUAAAUACUUAGUUUGUUUUUCA